AUGUCGAACUCGACCCCGUUUAAGAAUGGACACAUUGCGGCCCAAACCCGGUUCGUCAUCCAUGCCAACCCCGACUCGGAACAGCCGAUACGUGACUGGCCGGUUCAAUACCUGCGACUCGCACUAGAGCGUCCAGCAUGCGGCAGGGAUCGCAAGAACGUCUGGGUCGUCAUCGAACUCUCAGACAAGUUUGUAAAGACCAUACCCUCGCACGAGUCAGAUACUUACUCAUCUAUGCGGGAAGAAGAUUACUCCGAAUCUUCGCUGUGUAGUACAUUCCCUUCGGAUUCGGGGGACAUUGUCGGUGAAGGCCAGUAUCCAUCUCCGUCCAAGAGCCAAGGAGGUACUGGGACUCCACCGUUGAGAGAUAAUCCAAAUACGGGAGAAGAUUUCGUGCCCCUGCGAGCCAACUCCGCCUCUCCUUCGCCAUCUGGCGAGGGCAACCGCGAGCUAAUGGACGACUCAGGGGUGACGUGCGGGUGUUGGCACAGCGUCGAAGUGCUGCGGCGCGAAAACGAGAUUCUCCGUGCCGCACUAUCAACGCAAGAUGAUCGCAUAUCCACCCUAGUGUCCCAGGUGGCCACAAUGAUGUCUCGGCUCGAGGCAUUAACUGCACCACAAGACGAGGCGCCGGACGCGGCCCGCAAGGUCAAGUGGGACUUUGUGUACGCGCGGGAGGCGGGCAACGUCCUGCUUGUCUGCUACGCCGCCGGCCUCCCAGAACGUACCACCGCUCGCAGGAAUGGUAUAAACAAGGUUAAGAGGGGAGAAGCUUACCGCGGGAGUACUUGGGACGAGGAGGACAGGGCGACGCCGGGCGUGUGGCCGCUGGUCGCGGUGGCUCACCAGAUGCUGUUUCCAAACGUGGCCGCGCCGCGUUGGGUGUGCAAGCGAGAACGAAGCCCUUCCCCGACAAUAGGUGGCGAUUCUGUACCGCAGCUAAUCACCGAAGGUGAGGAUGGGAUGGUGAUAGACUGGAAGAGCAAGGUUCCCGUCAUGUCGGAUAUACUACGUCCUCCGUCCACCUCAACUAGUCCAGCAAAGGCGGCUCCUGUCUCCAACGGACCAAGUUCGCCACCGACGAAGAAGCAGAAGCUUCAAGCUACUUCGACCGGCGAGACGGAGAGUCGCGAACAUGAAGGGGACGGUAGAGCCCGCAAACACGGACCCGCUUCCCCUAGCCGACGGCCUGUGCAAUCCACUUCAUGGGGCGAAUUACCUGCGCCGGGCGAGACAAUCUGGCGACAAGUCCUUCCCCCGCCCCGUCCGUCUGUUGCGAACCUCGGGGAAAACGUGCUGCGCGAUGCGGUGCCUUACGCGCGAAGUGGAUGCCCGUCGCCAGCAGUCGGUCCGUCCACGGGCGAUGAACCUGCGGCGGACCUCAUCGACCUCACUGAAGGAGACAACGCCGAAGUGGAGGUCAUAGACCUCACAUGCACAGACAAGCCUGACAUACAACCCGAAGACUCGGCGCCACAGUACGGCGCAUCGCAAACGGAGCUCUCCACCAAUGUGAGUGCGGACGGGGAUGUGAUGGAAGCAGAUGCGCUGCGCUUCCUGCAACGCUACAUCGCAGACUUCGCAACAGACCGCGCGGCUCUCGCGAGCGCGUACUCCCGCGCGGCGACGUUUUCUACCCAGACUCUCCCACCACCUCAUCAGGAUGUCGGCACUGCCGCCCGACACUACGGGCGGCUCGAAAUCAUCGCAGCCCUGCUCGAUCUGCCGGACGACGAAGCGCCACUCGCAGCCCGCAAGGUCGAGUAUGACUUCGUGUAUGCGAGCAAGGCGGGGGACGUCCUGCUCAUCUGCUACACCGCCGCGCGCGUACCAGAACAGACCGUUGCGCGUGGGAAGGGAAAGCAGAAGGAGAAGGCCACUGCAAAACUGCUUGAUGGACUUUGUGAGCAGCGCUUCAUACUCCGGCCGAGGGAGUGGGACGAAGAGGACAGCGCGACCCCGGGAGUGUGGCCGCUGGUCGCGGUGGCCCACCAGAUGCUGUUCCGGCCGCUACCAUCCUAA